UCAGCCCUGGUCUUAGUGUUUUUCCUUAUUGAGGACGCGGCACCUGUUGCGUCUCCUUAUGGUCGGCAAAAAGAGAAUUUCCGAGAAUCCACACUCGAAUCCACACUCUUCACCGCAAAUCAUCUCAGUACACCGUUUUUGAUCGGCUAUGCUAUUCUCGAAAUAAUAGUGGCUCCUUCGGGUUUAUUUGGAAUUUUUGGUGCUAUUUCUAAUAAUGCAUUAUUGAUGAAUCGUUAUGCGCGUGAUCAUUGGUUCUCUGUUUUUGUCCUGACGAUCAUUGAUGUUGUAAAGAUAAUCCUUUCUUUUACAAUGAAAAACAAUACGGUUGGUUCUUGUAUCGCAAGGUCCAAUGAUUCUGAUGAUAUAAACUGUGAACGUGAAGCGAACUUUGCUAUAUAUGCAGGUCUUGUGAUAUUUGGAACUCAAGAGAUUAUUUUGGUUGUUCUUGGUCUUCUUGUAUGGUUUUGUGCAAAGCGAAUUUCAAAGAAACCAAUAGAUAAAAAUAAACGUAAAUCAGAAAAGAAGGAGACUAAAGAAAUUGACAUGGAGGUUCAGGAGACUCAUGUGGCAGAUGCUGCAUCUACAUUGUCUAUUGAUGUCUUAGAAAAAAGACAAUAUAUGGAUCAGGAAAGUUUAAUAGCGAAUCCCCCUUCUCCAUUUAUCCGUAGACCAACACAACCUCAGAGACAAGAAAAUCAAAUACCUAAUGAAACUACGCCAGAACAUAACCGUACACCAGGAAAUUCAAGGAUUCAAAAAAAUCAGGGCAAUUCAAGGAUUCAAGAAAAUCAGGGCAAUUUAAGAAUGCAAGAAAAUCAAGGCAACUCAAGGAUUACUCAAAGUACACAGGGGUUCGAUCAAAUACAUACUGUUUCAACACGUAAACAUUCUGUUGCAAUACAACCAAAACAAGGCUUACAGGGUUUGCCGCCUGUACGCUCGUUGACAUAUAAUAAUCCUCCGAACUCAAAGCUUCCAAUUGUUCAUCAGCACAACACGACGUUACCUUCUCAACGAUUGACAAAUUAUCAGCAAAUGCCUCAAUAUGUACCAGAUAUGCGUCCUUUAAAUGGUAAUGGUAUGAUGUUUCCACCUACUCUAAAUCAAGCUGAAUCUGUAUCAGGCUUUCAACAGCCACAGCAACCUCUGCAAUCAUAUCAACCACAUAACAAAGUGCCAUUCUCUCUUGGUCAUAAACGCUCAGAUAGUUUUCCUCAAUCUCGAUCCUUUCCUUUACCACCUAUUCCCAAUAAUCCAGGAACUUAUCAGGUUUCACAGCAAUCUGCACAUCAAGGAAACAAUCAAUAUAAAAUAGAUCAACCUUCAAUUAUUCAGCCAAAUGUUCCUUAUUUAUCAUAUAAUAAUUCAAGAUCAUUACCAAACUUACAUGACAAUAUAACUGAAUCCCCAAUACCACCGAUUCCUUCUAUUCCGGUACCUAAUAGCCAACAACAAAAUAAUAUUAUUACUCCAAUGUCAAAUAAUGUUUAUUCACAACCAAAGACUCCUAAUCCUUUAUUCAAAUCUUUAGAGGAAUCAAAAAAUAUAAUACCAAAUUCUGAUAAUAGAGACUCGUUAAAAAGAAUGAGACGAAAAUCUGCGCAUAAUGUUAGAGGAGAGGUAUAUCAAAGAUUAAAUUAUACUACAUUAUAUAAUAAUUAUAGUGAUUUACCGCCUGUAUCAAAACCAGAUGUUGAUGCAAAUAACCAAAUAAUGAACAAUCAUUUUAUAAAUAAUAGUUACGUUGAUCAUUCGAGGUUAUCAAAUCAAGUAGCUCCUUAUCCUCAUGGUGUACGAGGUAGCAGUAGUAAAAGCUCUAAUAAACAAAACUUUAAUCAGACAAUAAACAGUGGCUAUACUGCUCAGUCAAAGUUAUCAAAUCAAGUAGUUCCUUAUGAUGAAAGAAGGAAAUAA